AUGGGUCUGGUGGCUAGCUGUGUUCUGUCGGUAACAGGUGAUGAUCGUGUGUGUAAAUUCUGUUACGGUGACGAUGACCAAGAAGAGCGAUGGAUACGACCAUGCAUGUGCCGAGGAUCUCUUAAGUGGGUCCAUUUGCGGUGCUUCGAUCACUGGAUGUCGAAAGCUCCAGCACAACAACAAAUUCAGUGUCAAACCUGCCGUGCAUUGGAUUUAUUAAAUCGCGACAUAUUGAAUUUUAGAUACGUAUAUGUGAAAUCAUGGGUUCUCAAACCGAUUUCUGAGUGGUGCCGUCCCGCAAUCAAGUUGUCAGCGUGGGAGUGCAUGGAAAUUAUUUUGGAUACAUACUCGACGUAUAAGUUUCUACGUGGAUUCAUACUGAUGUUGGAAGGACAAAGGUCCGUUAUUGUGCAAUCCCUACACUUCUUGUUUUGGAGAAUUUUCAUUGCUACAGACCGCCGCAUGGCUUAUUAUGCCUCUCUUGGAAGGCAGUUUUUGUCAUCAAUAUUCGUGAUUUCUAUUAAAGACUGCAUCGUUGAACCAGAAGAGUGA